CACUAGCUGGCGCCAAGCGAGGAACCGACUCUGGGAGGACUCCUGGACUGCACCGCAGAACCGAAGAGAGAGGAGGCUUGUCGCCGAGGGAUGUAACCACAUGAGCAGCUGCCGCCACCACUCGGGAUACUUGGCGGACGAUGAGGCCGGUCACACCACGUACCUGGCCCGGGUGCAGCCACCUAAGAAGUCAGCGUUCCCGAAAAUGGGGCAGGCCUCCAAGCCAAGCCACAUGCCACACCCACCAUCGAUGUGCGGCCCCUCGGGCAGCUCAGGGCUUCGAAACCACUGUCGAAACUCCAGGGGCCCUCAGCCCUUUGGUAGCUUCCUGGAUUUCCUUGUCGAGGGCCAGGUGCUGGACAGCUUGCAGAGGGUGGUGGAGGAAGCAACUGAGCGUAUAGCCACCAUGAAGACAGAGACUGGGGUGCCGCUGGUGGAGGUGCAGGACCCAGUGGAGGUGCCAAGGGGUGGGAGGCGGGUGCGUGCCAGGCCCAGCCUCAGUACAGUGCACCGACAUCAGGUCCGACCCAGCCUCUGCAUCGGGCACCCCAACAACUACCCAUCCUGCUCGAGCUCCAUGUCUGACUCACAUAACAGUACCAUAGCCGACUGGCCGAAUUCCCACAGCCGGGACAGCGACCUGGGCUACCAAGGCUUGGGCCCACUGCCACCCACAAGGGACAGACUUCUGCAGGAGAAGAGCCUCAAACGGCUGCUGCGGUUAGAGAACAGAGGGAAAAGCCUGGGGAAGUCCUGCUCCCAGAGGGACUCCCUGCUGUGGGACUCGCUGGGCUCAAGCAUGGGCAUGCCCAAAGCAUCAGAGCUGGGGCCUGGAGAGAGAGAGUUGACCUUCCUCAGGAGAGAGUUAAACAAGGAGAUCAAGUCCUUGCUGAGACAGCCAGAGUCCUUCAACCUGCCUGGCUACUCUUCACUCCAUGAGCCCCAUCGGACCAUAGACUUCCUGGCCAAGCACCACCUCUAUCCUGCCCUGCAGAGUGUGGUCAGCCAGGCUGUGGACAAGCUCACUGGUGCCCUCUGCCAUGAUGGAUGCCCUCUCUUCCCAUCAGAAGGGAAACCCAGCACAGAACCCAAUUCAGGCUUCAAGCAGGCCAUACCCACCAAAGGGGAGGAGCCCUAUGAUUUGCCCACCACCACAACCCCGGGCUUCAAGAUGGUUGGAAGAAAGAACACCAAGUCUAGAGUACGGGAAAGGCUAAAGGGUGGUGGUUUUCCCAUGUCUAGUGCCCAAGGGGUCACCAGAUUCAGGCUCCAGGUGAUACCCACAGAAGAGCCCAAGGUCCCCUCACCCCACUCUAGACAGGAGGCACCUGAUCAGGACCCCAAAGAAGACACACCACCCAUGUUUUCUUCUGGGCCCCAGAGCUCUAGUCAAAAGGCCCAGCCCUGGCGGAGCCUACACCUUACCCUACCUGCCCCCGGGACCAAGGUGGAAGUGCCAAGCCAUACCCACCUCACCCAGAGCAACAAUUACAAGUUCAUGAAGAAGACAACACUGCCCUCCAUCUCCAAGUCCAUGUCCCAUUUCUCCAAUCCCUGGUACGAGGAGCUCGUCAACUACUUGGUAGAGCAGGCUGUCUCCUUGCUUGUUUGCAAGUACAAAUAUAAGAGGAACCUCACCAAGCAGCUGGGCUUCAUCUCCUUCCCUGUCACCGAGACACUCACAAACCUCUUGCUGGGCUUCAAGAAGGUGAAAGGCUCCGAUAUCUGCCUGUCCUCAGAUGUCAACUGGAGCUGCUUGCUUCGCAAGCUAGAGGAGACCCAGAGGGCCCAGAAGACCUCCCAGCAUGACACCUCUCAUCACACUGAUUCCCACCAGGACACCACCCACCAAGGCACCUCCCUGAACACUACAGAGUCCCUCUCCACAUUGCCCAUGUCAGCCACUGUCAUGGAUCAGAAGGUGGAGGAGUUGCCGGGCCCCCAGCUGCCCAGCCCUCUGGAAGACAGCACAGACAAGGAGCAGGGGCCCACAAACCCAGUGAAGCCCAAGUUUUCCCUGUCCUACAGCGCUGGCAUGAGCCCCAACCAGUUUGAGCAAGCGGUGGACAUGGGGGAGAGUGAGAAGAGUGAGGAGGAGGAGGACGACGAGGACUACAAAACUGAGGGAAUGAGAAAGACCCAGAGCACCCUUGAGCCUCAAGUAUCCGCCACUCUUCAGAUGGCUCCGGAGACUCCCCAUGAUUCCCCCUAAGCUGAACUGAGUUCUGGAUUCCCUACUCCUGCUCCAGGGAAAUGCUGCCCACCAAGCCAGCCUCUGCCCUGUGCAGAAGUCAGAAUGGGCCAAAUGCCCACAAGAAGCUCUCUGCUCAGCCUCUCGAGAGAGCCAACAGAAAAAAAUAAAACAGCUGUU